AUGGAUGUCUUGGGCAAGAGGGCUGAACCCCCAACGGCGUCGGCGGAUAUCAACAAGCCCAUUCCUCUCGAAGACCGUGUCGUGCUGGCGGUACCAACGCCAGCAGCCCUCUUCGGCAGACAGAUUAUCGGCAACCCUCAAGAGGCCAUCAACCAGGCUUCUCGAUCAGCCCAGCAAGCGAUCGCCCAAGCGUCUCAAUCAGCUCGGGAGGCCAUCCAGCAGGCCAACGACCAGGUUCGACAAGCCCAGGACAGGCAACGACAGGCGGAGGAGCAAGCGAGGCAGGCCAACGACGCGGCCACGCGAGCGUCCAUCUCGGCGAACAACGCCGUUGUGCAGGCGCAGGCGAGCGCGAGGGAGGGAAUUCUUAACGCUCAGAAUCAGGCGAGGGAGAGCGCCAGCAAGGACAUUGCCGCCAACCUGGCUCUCGUGACGAACAGCGCCCAAACGCAGUUGGCGUCACAAAUCGCGAGUAUCCAGGCGAGUGCCAGUUCCAGUGCGGCUGCUGCCAUCGCCGUCGCUACGCAGUCGGCGAGCGCGGCUAUUCAGAACGCUCAGCAGCAAGCGCAGCAACAGAUUCAGGCUGCGAGAGACGAUGCCAACUUGAGAGUUUCUCAGGCACAGGGAACAGCUGUCUCAGUUACGCAAGCAGCUCUGGCCGUCGUGGGUGCCAUCAUCGGCUCUUCACUUCUCACGAUUCUGGGCUUCUACAUCUGGACACGCUACCGCCGCGGAAAACGCAAAGACGCGACCGCCAGAGCUAUCCGCCGUGAGAUCAGCUAUCCCAAGCAGGACACUCUCAUGACGACGAACGCGCUGGCGGGGAGCAACGGUUAUCCACCGGACCUCAAACAGUCUCUAUCACCAACGAGACCAGACACGGCACGCACGACGGGGUCAGGUGGGAUGGGGUACGCAGUGAGUGACUUUGGCGACGGGGCACCCAACUUCUCGAGGACGACAACCUUUGUGAGCACUUCAGCCCCGCCGAUGGGGGGCAUGCAGACGAUACAAAGGGAGCCCUCGGUGAGUCGAAGGCCGGUGCCGCCGUCGCCGAAGAAGCAGCCUCCUUACUCUCUCUUCCCGCCAAGGUCGAGAGACGGGCCGCCGAACACAGCAUUACCUGCAACCCCGGCCCCUGCUCGAGAUCGAGACCGGGAACCUCCGCCGCCGCAACAGCAGCAGCAGCAGCAGCAACAACAACAACAGCCGCCGCCGCCGCCCGCAGGAGGACCUCCUCCACCAUUUGCGCCCACCAACGAGAAGCUUGACAAGGUGGACGAGGAGGCCGAGUUUGGGGAGGGGAGCAAGGGCUGGCUGAGACGGACGCAAACCGUGAGCCCGUUUGGGGACUUGGUUGACAGCCCGACAGGGGAGAAGGGCGGGAACUGGCCGUUUACGAGGUCGAGUUCGCCUCCUCCUCCUGGGCGUUGA